ACCGAUUUCCGUCAAAAUCUUAUUGCUAAGUAUAAAUCAGACUACAAAAAAAAUUAAUGUAAACUAAAAAAAAUAAAUAAAUGGCAAUAAACUGCUUAAAAAUACAUUUUAGGAAAUUGUAAUUUUGCCUUUUUUAUUCUGAUUUAAUGUCUAUUAAUAAUUUGGACAUCAACGCCAGCAUUAAACAGCAGCUUAUAAAAGCUAGAAUAACUGAAGUUUCAAGUCUAUUUUCUUUAACUAUUUAUGAGUUAAAGGAAAAAGUUUCAUUAAAUGAAUCAAGCCUAAAAGAAUUGCUGAGUGUAGCGGCUAAUUAUCUGUUAAAAUCGUCAAUUAAAACUGCAUACAGUAUACACACAAAUGAAGAAUAUAAGCAUCACAAGUUAUCUACAGGCUGUGAAUUAGUCGAUCAAUGUCUUCAUGGAGGAAUAAUUUUUCCUGGUGUUACUGAAAUAUGUGGUGAAAGUGCAAGUGGAAAGACACAGCUUUGUUUACAACUUUGUCUGAAUGCUUUGAUAUCAGAUAGUUAUUCAAGUGUUUUGUACAUAUGUACAGAAGAUGCUUUUCCAAUGAAGCGUUUACAACAGAUGUCAGAGAAUAUUGUUAAAAGAAUUCCUUGUGCUGCUCCAACAAUUCUUACUGAUCGCAUGUUCAUUGAACAUACUGCUGAGCUAGAUGACCUGUGGACAUUACUCAAUAUAAAAGUUGAUUUACUUUUAUCAAACCAAAAAAUCAAGUUGAUUGUUCUGGAUUCAGUUGCAGCACUUUUCAGAGCCGAAUAUGAUGCAAGCAAUAUGAUUAAUCGGUCACAAAUGCUUGCUAAAUUUGGAUUAAAGUUGCAUCAUAUUUCUCAAAAAUAUAAAAUUUGUUUUGUAGUUGUCAAUCAGGUAUCUGAUGACUUUAAUUCAUUGAAAAGUGUCGAUGCUUUUGGAAGUAAAAAAGUUGUUCCUGCUCUUGGUUUAACUUGGUCAUAUAUGGUGUCAACUAGGAUAUUAUUAAGUCGUACUGAUUUGACUUGUGCUAUGUUUCAAAGUAAUCAAACUGGAAAAGAACAGAAAAGUUAUGAUUCAGUUGUUCGAAGUUUAAAAGUUUUACAUGCGCCUCACUUACCACAGGUUAUCUGUCAUUUUAUUGUAGAUGAAGAAGGUGUUAAAGAUUUCAAGCUUCCAGAUAACUGAUAUUUUUCAGAUUCCAAAUAUAUCAUAAAAUAUAUUUUCAUAAA